AUGGAUUCCUCGCACUCGCCUACUGUCACUUCGUUUGAAAAUCUUCCGACCCAACCUCAAGUGUUUGAGGAAGGGAUGCGUAAACUCUCUCACUAUCGUCAGAUAGCAGUUAUCGGACUGUGCAAGAAGGGAGAUGAUAACAAUCUUCCUGUCGCUAUCAAAACCAUCCACAAGUGUCUAAUCGACGGAGAGGAGGAAGCAAUUAAGGUAUGCGACCAACUCCGUCAACUUGUCUCCAUCAAUCACCCCUUCAUUCUCUCUAUUCGCGAUAUUUUUCAGGGAGGUUCACUCUACUCCCUAGUGAAAGUAUCCGGUAAUCUCAGCGACGCCCUAUUGCAAUUUGUGGCUGUCCAACUCAUUUUAGCAAUCCAUUUUCUCCAUGAGCAGAACUACCUCUUUUGUGGACUGGUAUCAGAAAACGUUCUAUUAGACCAGGAUGGAUACAUCCAAUUGACAGGGUUUUCGGAGUCCAAGAAGGAUAUCUCCUUUCCAUAUUACAAGAUGGUGGGAUAUAUGGAGUCGAUGUCCCCCGAAAUGCUUCUUAACAAGGGAAUUUCGUUCUCCUACGACUGGUAUAUGCUGGGAUGUCUGCUCUAUGGUACCACUCUCUCGGUUGCCUCGUCAGUAGAGCUCUCCGAAGGUCAACUUCCGUUUCACGGAAGCACAACAACCGAGACGCUGCAGCGAAUUCUCAUCGGCAAGCUAGAGUAUAAGCACACCUCUCUAGAAGCGCAGGAUUUCAUCAAUAAACUAGUAAGCUCCGAUCCAGAACAGCGAAUGGGGAAAGAUUUGAAGGAACUGCAAAGCCAUCCGUGGAUCAAGGAUGCUCCCUGGGAAAACAUUCAAAACCGAGCGAUUGCCUCUCCACUCAUUCGUGCAGCCAAACCAGAAGAUCCGACUUGCUACUAUCCGCGUUUCAAGGAAGAUGUUAUCGAAGAAGAGGGAGAAGCCGCACUGUACAACGAAAUCUUUUCUAACAAGCUGUUUAUCUAG